AUGGCAACAGCAGGUCGUACCCAGACAGUACACGGUGGUGACCCUCAGAACUUGGUCGAAAAGGUCAUCCGCGCGCGUAUCUACGACUCGACGUACUGGAAGGAACACUGCUUUACGCUGAAUGCCGAAACACUCAUCGACAAGGCUAUCGCACUCCACGCCAUCGGAGGGGUAUACGAGCGCCAGACACCUACGCCAUUCAUGUGUCUCCUUCUCCGCCUGUUGCAGCUUCAGCCAGACAAGGAGAUUCUGUUCGAAUACCUCCUCGCCGAAGAGUUCAAGUACCUCCGCGCGCUGGCGGUCAUGUACAUCCGCCUCAUGUUUCGGAGUAUGGAGGUGUUCGAGAUACUCGAGCCUCUCAUGAAGGAUUAUCGAAAGUUGCGGUAUCGACAGGUUGGCGGGUACACCCUAACGACAUUCGACGAGUUCAUCGACGAGCUCCUAACCCAGGACCGAGUAUGCGACAUCAUUCUCCCGCGCCUGACUCAGCGCGCAGUUCUGGAAGAAACCGAGGGCCUUGCUCCUCGCAAAUCCCUCCUCGAGGACGAGGACGAGGACGAGAAGCGCGGCCGCCAAACGCCAUCAGAUGGGGGUUCGCGCGAGUCGUCACCCGACCUGCGGCGCGGUCGCAGUAUGUCGUCAAGUUCAUCGGCGUCGAGUAGGAGCCGGUUCAUGUCCCGCUCGCCGUCGCGCAGUGAUUCAGAGGACGAGGGCGACGUCGGCGACACGCGGAUGCGGUACGUAUCGCGCUCGCCGUCCUUGUCCCCAGAUCGGGUGGUGGCCAUGCAGGGAGACAAGAUUGAGGGCGACGUGUAG